AUGGACCGCAUUGGAAGCAAAGCCUUCCAGGGUCGCAGUUCGUUGCAGAGCAUAACAAUUCCAAACUCUGUGACUUCCAUUGGGACUUUGGCUUUUGAUGGGUUGCAGUUCAUUGGAGAGCGUGACGAUUCCAAACUCUGUCAAGGAAAUUUGGGAGUCGGCUUUUCAGGGAUGCAGUUCUUUGAAGAGCGUGACGAUUCCGAACUCUGUCAAGCGUAUUUGGGAGUCGACUUUUCGGGGAUGCAGUUCUUUGAAGAGCGUGACGAUUCCGAACUCUGUCGAGGAAAUUUGGGCGUCGGCUUUUCAGGGAUGCAGUUCUUUGAAGAGCGAAAUUUGGGCGUCGGCUUUUCAGGGAUGCAGUUCUUUGAAGAGCGUGACCAUUCCAAACUCUGUGACUUCGAUUGGGGCUUGGGCUUUUCGGGGAUGCAGUUCUUUGAAGAGCGUGACGAUUCCGAACUCUGUCGAGGAAAUUUGGGCGUCGGCUUUUCAGGGAUGCAGUUCUUUGAAGAGCGUGACCAUUCCAAACUCUGGUUGCAGUUCAUUGGAGAGCGUGACGAGUCCAAACUCUGUGACAUCCAUUGGGACUUCGGCUUUUCGGGGAUGCAGUUCUUUGAAGAGCGUGACGAUUCCGAACUCUGUCAAGCGUAUUGGGGAGUCGACUUUUCGGGGAUGCAGUUCUUUGAAGAGCGUGACGAUUCCGAACUCUGUCGAGGAAAUUUGGGCGUCGGCUUUUCAGGGAUGCAGUUCUUUGAAGAGCGUGACCAUUCCAAACUCUGGUUGCAGUUCAUUGGAGAGCGUGAUGAUUCCAAACUCUUUGACUCACAUUGGCUUUUCUGCCGGUCCCUGCUGCUACCUGUGGAGAUGGCAGAGCCAUUGGGUCCUAAGGUCUUCAUUUGGGGAGAGCCUGUACUCCGCAGGUACUACACCAUCUAUGACUUGGCCAACAAGAGAAUUGGUUUAGCACUGGCUCGACAACCCGUUGGACAGGCAUCUUCGCCUGCCAGUGUGGGUGCGCCACCUGCAGGUUCCUUGCUGUCAGGCUCGCCAUUGGCGCCGUUGACGACAGAGGUCACCACCUAA